AUGAAUUCAUCAAUUCUGGCUUUCGCUCUUCUUGCCUUUAUGGUGAUCAGCCAAAGCAAUGCACGCUUAACCAAAGAAGACUUUGCCGAUGACGAUUUUGAUCAAGACUUCUUUGCACAAAAACGAGGAGUCCCCUUCCGAGAUUUAAAAACUGAAACCAGAUGUAAAACCAUUGUUAGCGAUAAAGAUGCGAAUGGUGGUGAUCUAAAUGGUAGUUAUCCGGGACGCGUUCUCACUGCUACUGCUUGUGCUGCAUUAUGCGAAUCAUUUCCCGCUUGUGAUCAUUGGACAUUUAACGGAGACAGCGGCAAAUGUUGGCUCAAGGAUAAACCAUCACAAAUGAUAAACUAUCCUGGUUCUUAUACAGGCAGUUGUACCAAGUCGACAUAA